AUGACUUAUGGUUUGGAAACCAACGAGUUUCAGCAUUCAUCUCGCAAAUGUGGCAAUUGCGGCUUUCGUCCGGUGCUCAACGACAACUCCGGCAGCGUGGUCGCUKCUGGUGCUGGUGCACAACGCAACACCACCACCGCGCAUCCACCAAUCUUUCUGCCGCCGCAUUUGGCUUCGCUGAGCUCACAGUUUACACAUCAACCACUCUUUCCCGGACUAAAAGGCGUCUCACCGUUUCCGGGUCUCUGCUCGUGCUGCUCGCUGAAACCGCCGCCGCCACCGCCUAGCGCCUCGUCGGUAGCUGCUGCCGCUGCUGCAGCCGCCGCAGCUGCUGCUGCCACUUCCAGCUCCGCGUCCGGUGUGCCCAUUUCUUCUGCUGCGCCCUCCGCCAGCAGCUCACCCGACUCGCCGCCUCAUGUCACUUCGGUCCUUAGCCAGUCGGCGCAUAACAAUCACGAUGCACGUUCCAGCUCUGUAGCUGAGUUGCGUCGCAAGGCGCAAGAACACUCGGCYGCGCUGCUGCAAUCACUACACGCCGCCGCCGCAGCUGGCCUGGCAUUUCCGGGGCURCAUUUGCCACCGCUCUCGUUCCAUCAUCACUCCGCCGCUGCGUUGAGCAACGCGCACGCUGCCGCAGCCGCCGCUGUCGCAAAUAAUAACAACAAUCACARUAAUAACAAUAACAAUAAUAAUGGUGUGCGACUGAAAAGCGAGUCGGCUCAGGAUAUGACGGCGAGCACUAUGAACGGCCUAUCGGCUGCCGCAGCAGCGGCGGCGGCGGCUGCCAACAAUCAUCACAGCAUUGCCAGUUUGACGCUGCUCGAUGCGCAGAACGCGGCGUAUCAUCAUCACCAGCAGCAACAGCAACAACAACUAUCGCAGGCGGCUGCACUGCAUCUGCAACAACAACAGCAGCAGCAGCAACAACUUUCGCCGCCGAUAACGCCGACACACACGCCCACACUUCAUCGCCAGGACACGCCGCCAAAGUGCACGAACAACGGUGCCGGUGGCGUUGCCAUAACGAAAAGUGAAUAAUUGUAGUCAGCGGUUCCCAAAUGUACUCCAAACAGCAAAWAAGUGAAAUUUUAAUAUUAUAAUAAGUGAAAUGAUAAAAGCAAUAGAGAUACAUAUAUUGGUGGAGGCUGCCGCGCAAGGUUAGAUUUACUUAUGUAUGUAUAUACUUACAUAUAUCUAAUUACAAUAACACUAGUAGUUAGUAGUAGCUCAUAAUGAAAGUAGUUUAGUGUUACUUAAUUACAAGUAGUAUUUAAAUCGUAUUUAAAAUUUAAUUACUUAUAAGUUCGCCGCAAAAUUUUUUGGAACUUUUUCGAUUUUUGAAUUCCAAGCAGAAACUCAAAUUGUUUUCUUUCUCCCGAUCACUGCUAUUUWGUACCAAAUAGUUUGUUAUUCUCUUCUUAAUAAUGUUUUACUUGUUUAAACAUAAUUAAAGGUAGCCUUUUUAAGCUACAACUGUUGAAAGAACACUUUAGACUCUUUGAGGUUAUACAGAAUCGAAUAUUUCGAAUGUAAAAUUAAUUCGGAGUUGA